AUGAAGAUUUUCCUUGAAUUUCAAGUGUUGCGGUCCCCUUGGAGCAUCCAGACACUCUGCAGAUUAUUCCACCAGCAUCACAGGGCUUUUGCACCUUUGAGUUUCUCAGAUUAUGAAGCCGUCAAUCGCUGUGAAAAGGAAGUGCCUGAAUACUUUAAUUUUGCAAGUGAUGUCCUGGACAAGUGGUCUCAAAUAGAAAAGGAACGAAAGGGACCAUCAAACCCAGCCCUGUGGUGGAUAGAUGGAAAAGGAAAUGAAGUGAAGUGGAGCUUCGAAGAGCUGGGUUUCCUGUCCCAAAAAGCAGCCAACGUGCUUUCUGGCCCCUGUGAUCUGCAAAGAGGAGACCGAGUUAUAGUGAUUCUACCCCGAAUUCCAGAGUGGUGGCUGCUGAACGUGGCUUGCAUGCGCACAGGUGUUAUCAUCAUCCCAGGGACAACACAACUGACAGCAAAAGACAUUUGCUAUAGAUUGCUGUCUUCGAAGGCUAAGUGCAUUGUUACCACUGAUGCACUUGCUCCCGCAGUGGACUCGAUCGCAUCCAAGUGCCCGUCUCUGAAAACGAAGCUAAUUGUAUCUGAGAGCAACAGGGCUGAGUGGCUGAACUUCAGUGAUUUGUUCAAGGCUGCCCCUGCUGUCUAUAACUGUGUGAAGACGAAAAGCCAGGACCCGAUGACAAUCUAUUUUACCAGCGGCACCACAGGCUCCCCCAAAAUGGCCGAACACUCCUACGGAAGCUUUGGUCUGGGAUUUUUCCUUUGUGGAAGAUAUUGGAUGAAUGUGACUCCUUCAGACAUCCUGUGGAACAUGUCAGACACUGCUUGGGUAAAGGCCGCUAUUGGAAGUAUUUUUGGUCCGUGGUCCCAGGGUACAUGUGUUUUUGUACAUGCCAUGCCACAGUUUGAUCCAGGAGCAAUCUUAAACACCUUGUGCAGGUAUCCAGUGACAACCAUGUGCAGUGCCCCAACCGGCUACCGUAUGUUGGUACAGCAUGACCUCACCAGUUACACAUUUAAGGCACUGAAGCACUGUUUGACCGGAGGGGAACCACUCAACCCAGAAGUGAUGGCACAGUGGAAAAGGCAAACAGGACUGGAUAUCUAUGAAGGCUACGGCCAGACAGAAAUCGGACUUAUAUGUGCAACUAUGAAAGGAAUGAAAAUUAAGCCAGGCUCCUUGGGAAAGGCAACUCCCCCCUAUGAUGUUCAGAUUGUAGAUGAAAAUGGAAGCAUUCUCCCUCCUGGGAAAGACGGAGACAUUGCCAUCAAAAUCAAUGCCAAGCGGCCUUUUACUUUUUUCAGCCAUUACCUGGAUGAUCCAGUGAAAACUGCUUCAACAAUCCGUGGAAACUUCUAUAUCACUGGAGACAGAGGGAACAUGGAUGACGAUGGAUACAUAUGGUUUACGGGGAGGGCUGAUGAUGUCAUCAUCUCCUCUGGGUAUCGUAUCGGACCAUUUGAAAUAGAGAACGCCCUGAUAGAGCACGCAGCUGUUGCUGAGUCAGCUGUUGUCAGCAGCCCAGAUCCCAUCAGGGGAGAGGUGGUAAAAGCUUUUGUGGUCUUAUCUCCUUCUGUUAAGUCACAAGAUCCAAAGGAACUGACAUGUGAAUUGCAAGAGCAUGUGAAGAAAGUCACUGCUCCAUACAAGUACCCCAGAAAGAUUGAAUUUGUCCAGCAGCUGCCAAAGACAAUCACUGGAAAAAUCAGACGGAAUGAACUGAGGAAGAAGGAGUGGGGACAGAUUUAGUUUUGUUAGGCAGUCUAAAAAAAAAAAAAACCUGCCUCCACCAAUUCCACUCAUAAUGGAGCUUUUCCAUUACAGUUGUAAGUACCAGCAUAGGAUUAUGUUUCACCCAUUAGACAGUGAUUAUGUGAUAAUGCACAAGCUUUAAAAACCCCAACUGUAUGAACUUUCAAUAUUUGUGUUCUUGCUUAACAAAAAUCAAGCAGAGCUAACAAGGUAUAUGCAAAAACCCAGCAUCUUCUAGCCCCUUUUCAGAACUGUGGUAUGUGUAGAAGUGAUUAUCAGCUGAAGGCACAGUUUGUUAACACUCUGAGGCCAGAUAUUUUAAUUCACAAGAGGCUUACUACAUUUAAUGAGAAAAUCAUGAUGCAGGUAAUGAAGUUCCCAGAGAAGGCUAUAGAUCUUGCAUGCAUCCAAAUUAAUUACCCUGCUUAUAUGAAUCUUGAAAGCCUCAAGAUUUAGGAAUGAAUGUAUUUACAAUGAACAUUUAUCAAGGGUGAAUUAUGAAAAAACAGAAGUAGAAGAACGUGGACAUCUUUAAGAUAUUCUAAAUGUCAGACAUAAGGCUUGACAAACGGUUGGCGGCUAUUCAGCAUUUUCUUCGGAAGACGCGUAGAUCUUGUGCGCAGCAGAGCUAGAGGUAGAAGGAAAAAACCCUGAACGAUCCAUGGAUCUGCCUUUGUCCUGGGUAAUGCAAGUAGGCAGUCUUUAAUCCUGAUCAUCAGCAUCACCCACCAAUAAACACUCAGAGUUGGCCUUUGUGUUUGUUCUCUAAUGAUUCUUUCCUAGGUGUGACCGAGACAUUACUGGUUUUAAUCUAGACACAAAAGGUUUAAGAUUUAAAAAAAAAAAAAAAACCACUAAGGGAGGUAAGAAAGCAGACUUUUAAUAAAUGGAGGGGAAGGGACAGGACUAGCGAAAAAGUCCUCUUAAUUUUCCAACUUCUAAAACAAUUUUGAGAGAAGAGGAAAUUCUAAAAGAAACACUGUUGAGAAACCUGAACACAUCCUUUUCGUUAAACCAAGACAAGUAACAGAAUGGUAUUCUUCAAGACAAGUCUUUUUCCAUUUAUGACCCACAGGCUUUUAUGCUAGAAAUGAAAUACUGAAGCUAGAAGGUUGAAUAGAAAGCAUACUCCAAAUCCUAUUGGAAAGCAGAUCAUAGCGACACUAUUUUUAGUUGUUUUUUAAAUUCACUGGGAUAGCCAAAAAACUGCUGACAACAGAAACACGCACUGCUAGACAUUAUUUUCAAUCUAAAACAAAGUUAGUAUUGUAAAGCUAAAACUGGAACAAAAAAUUACCCCCACCCAAUAUGGUGUAAUAGAAAGCUGCUUUCAUAAGGGGUUUCCAAGCAGUAUUUAAAUUCAAGUUUUGAGGCCUAAGGAAAAAAUAAGAACAAAAAGGACUAUUUCCCCCCCACAAGGAUUAUGUCUUUGAAAAGAGCAGCAGAAGGCUAUUUGCAGGAAAUUACUGGAAAGGAUUCUGUUCAGCAAGUACAUAGAGCAUUUGCUCUAAGCCAGUAACUGCUGCAUACACAGCUAUGGUAAACACACACACAGUUUUUUGCUAAAAUUCUUUGCGAUGCCUGCCCUGCACUUCUACUGCUCUAGAAUGGACAAAUCUAUUAUUGUAAAUUCUCUCACAAUAUUCAAGUAUUUUAAUCAUAGCAGUUCUUCCCAUAUACUUUCAAAACUUAACAUAUCCCUGCAGAGAGGUGGGUGGGUGAGUGGGUAUCCCUUUAUCAUACAGGAUAAGAUCAGGAGUUUUUAUCUCAUUCUGUUUUUCACAUACGAAAAUAUAUCUGCGAGUUCUGCAGUCACCCAAACUGUCAGAUCACUCACUUGCCUAAAAACCCUCUGCAAACAACUGCCUUGUCCAGAUCUCUCAUUUCUGUCAAUACAUCCUGCUAGGGCUGAUUCUGCAUUGCCUUUUGUUUUCUGUAGUCAUCAGAUACAAUAAAGGAGAGUCAGUUUACAUAUGCGUGCAUACACACACAUUUUUUGUGCUAGGUAAAGGCAAUGCAGAACAAAGCUGUAGAAGAAUGACAGCAAAUUUCACCUUUCUUUUGUACACUGCUAUGUCUGCAAUAAAGUCAGCUCCACCUGCAGAUACAGAGUGAGCAUUAAAAUUCUUACACAUGUGGACUUAAAAAACAA